AUGAUUCCCCGGCAGGCCAUCCUGGUGGCCCUGGUGGCACUCUUCGCUGUCGGCUGCAACUCCACCACUACGCGACCAUCAGUUUUCACAAUGUGCGUACCGGAAAGAUUCUGGCAAGAAUGCGUGCACAUGACGAACGAGUCAUCCGUCAAAGGAUUUCCGAUCGCCUGUAUCGCCGGGCGUGAUCGGUACGAUUGUAUCGAAAAAGUUGGCAGAAAGGAAGCUGACAUCGUCGCCGUAGACCCUGAAGACAUGUAUCUCGCUGCGAAAAACAACCUUGCGGCAACGGCUGGUUAUAAUCUCGUUGAACAGGUGAGGAGUAAGGAAGAGCCGGAAUUGCCGUACAGAUACGAAGCGGUCGCCGUUAUCCACAAGGACUUGGACAUCACUUCUGUUCAAGGACUACGCGGACUGAGAUCCUGCCACACCGGGGUCGGACGUAAUGUGGGCUACAAAAUUCCGAUAACGAAACUGACCGCUAUGGGUGUUCUGUCGAAUAUCAAUAACCCGGAAUACUCGGCGAGGGAAAACGAACUCCGAGCGCUCAGCAAUCUCUUCAGCAAGGGCUGUCUCGUCGGAGAAUGGUCACCCGAUCCAGCCAUCAAUCAGCGACUCAAGGAAACCUACAGCAAUAUGUGUGCCCUUUGCGAGAAACCCGACGUCUGCGAUUACCCGGAUAAUUAUUCGGGAUACGAGGGUGCCCUCCGUUGUCUCGCUCAUAACGGGGGUCAAGUCGCAUGGACCAAAGUUAUCUACGUGAAACGGUUCUUCGGACUCCCCGUGGGAAGCGCGCCCGCCGUUCCUUCUACAGAGAAACCCGAAGAUUUCCGCUACUUCUGCCCCGAUGGUACCAAAGUAGCUAUCGAUGCAACGACAAAACCUUGCACCUGGGCAGCUCGACCUUGGCAGGGCUACUUGAUCAACGGUGGCAUCACGGGGGGAUCCGUCAAGGCUGUUCAAGACGAAAUCACCAGUCUGGGAACUCUCGGCGAGGAAAACAAGGCCCCGUGGUGGAAAGACAUCCUUUUACUGGACGAGAAAACUCUCGCGGUUAAAACUGAUCCAAUCAGUCCACUGGAUCACUUGAACAAUGCCAAGUACACGGAUGUGAUAGAGAGGAACUCUGGAGCUCCAGAGAGAACUGCGAGGUGGUGCGUCACCUCAAACGAAGCUCUCGAGAAAUGCAACGCUUUUGCGAGGGCUGCUUUUUCAAGAGACGCCAGACCCAGAUUCGACUGUCUUCAUGAAAAAGACGCCGACGUCUGUCUGAAGGCCAUCAGAGAUGGAGGCGCCGAUGUUGUCGCCAUUGAGGGCGGUCAGGUCGAAAAAGCUGUUAGGGACUUCAAUCUGAAACCUAUAGUCGCCGAAAAGUAUUCGGAAGGUGCAACGAAAUUGAGCGAACAAGCUGCCGUAGCUGUAGUCAAGAAGACCAGCACCAUUCAGAACCUGGCGGAUCUCAAGACCAAAAAAUCGUGCCACAGUGGCUUCAAGGGUGAUUUCGCCGGCUGGUCAGCACCGGCACACGCUCUCAAAGCCGCUAAUCUAAUUACCAAUCCUACCGAGCUUUCGGAAUUUUUCUCUGCCGGAUGUGCACCCGGAGCACCUCAGGAAUCGAAGUUGUGCACGCAGUGUGUCGGCGAUAAAGCAUCUUCGGACGACAAGGUCAUUCAAGCAACAAAAUGCAAACGCAUCGAUGCUGAAUCUUACAACGGCGACUUGGGAGCCCUCAGAUGUCUCAUCGACGACAAUGGGGACGUUGCUUUCUUGUCUAUCACGGCCUUACACAAACUUGACAAACUAAGCAAACCCGACAAAGAGGUGAAGGGAACGGACUUUGAGCUUCUAUGCCCAACUGGGGGUCGGGCUCCUAUCGAGGAAUGGCAGCGUUGUAAUUUUGGCCUUGAACCUCCACGAGUGAUCGUAAGUUCGGCGACGAAGACACCGAAUGCUCUUGAGGAACUGACCCACGGAAUUUUGGACGCCGCCAGUACAUAUGCCAGCAGCCCGGAUCUUUUACAACUGUUCGGGAGCUGGGGUGGUCAUCCAAAUCUCAUCUUCAAGGAUGACACCGUCGACCUGGUCUCCGUCGAUAAUACAUGGGACGCGUGGAGUCGUUGGGCUACGACUGAACAGGAGUACAGUAUCGCUUGA